UGAAAGAGAAGACCUAAAUUCAUUCUCACAAAGUCAGAGUCUGUCGUUUUCAUAUGUCUUUGGAACUUCCAUGCAUCCCCAUGCAGACAGUCCCAGCCAGGGGCAGACUGACCAUUUGGAAACUCGGGCACUGCUCGAGGGCCCGGGGUCAGUAGGGGGACCCAUGAGAUGCCCCUGGUACCUUUUUCAUGGGCUUUUUUGAGUUUGGGCAAGGACACAGUGGCCCCAUGAUCCCCUAUUGCCCGGGGGCCCCAUGAGUUGUCAGUCCGUCCCUG